AUGUCAACCUUCGCCAAUGGCGCCAUGUGCAAUGCCCAGGUGUCUGCGAAUGUUAUCAGCGACAUGGCUCGAAGCUCAGCGAUCGGACCCAACGUCAUGUUUGGAAACAUUGGAGGGUUGCUUAGCAGCUGGGCCUUCCUACCGUGGGACGCUCCGAAUCAUCACAUCAGCAACGGACUGAAUCUGGCUGCCGCGGGCACGAUUUUUAUUGUCGGGUUGCUGACGCACUUGUGGAUGAAGUUUGACAACAAGAGACGUGCGACGCGCGACGCUGAUGAGGAACUCAGAGGUCUGUCCCAAAAGGAAAUUGAGGUCGUGGAGUGGAAACAUGCAGCCUUCCGGUGGAAGCCUUGA